UGCCUAUUGAAAAAAAAAAAGCUUCUCAAACUCAAAGUGGCGCCGUUUCCAAAGCUACAAGUCGCUGCAUCUUUAGUAGUUAUCGAUCCCUAAACACUACCCUCCAAAGCACUCUGUCGUAUUACUGUUUCUAUGGCGUUGAGGGCCUUCCAAUUUUUGAAACCCUAGCCUAGGGUUUCAAAUUUCAAUUUCUGGAGCCAAUUGAAGGAAAAAAAAAACCCAGAUUUGUUGAUGGAGGGGUCUUAAGAAGUGUUGCAGUACGAGACUUGCAUGAAAACUUUCGGUGUUUUUGUCGAACAGAAUCAUGGACCGAGAAGAGAGAAUUAAGAAUGCAUGCAUGAAGAUUGUGGAGUGCAUAAACGCCAUGUCUUUUUUAAACUUGGAUGACCAACGGGUGCAUUCACUAGUGAUGAUGCGAGAAAUAGCACGUGGGGUUGUUGAAAAUAAGGAUAGAAAGGUAACUAAGAGUGAUGUGACUAGGGCUUUGCACUCUAGUAUUGAGAAGAUGGCCAGUUCAUGCAGGGAUAUUGUGUAUAAAUUAAGUAAGAUGUCAUAUAAAGGCUUAGAUGACCAACGGAUUCAAUCAUUAUUAAGGGUGAAAGAGAUUGCGGCUAAACAUGCUAAAGUUGCGAGUGUUGAGAGUGAUACAUGGAUUAAAGAAAGCUUGGCAGGUGAGGAAAUGCAGCCAAGCAGCGUGGAUGUCCUGGUUGGAGGUGCAGAAAUUAUGGUGGUUGAAGAAUCGCUGGUGGAGGAAACGGAGCUAAGAAAUGAAGACGGUCAUAAUGUGGUGCAGAAAAGGCCUGUGACUAGGGCAAAACUCACUGGCCAAAAGGAUAUGCAGAUUGGAGAGGUACAAAGGAAGAUGCCUGAAGAUGAGCCACCAGAGGUGGAAGCUCAGUUAAUAAACGAAAAUGGUAAAAAUCAGUUGCAGGAGAUUUUGUCACAACCACCGCUUCUGCAAUCUCUUAUAUGGCCUCCAGAUGACUGCAUUACCUUAGAUUGGAUCUGGUCAUUGAUAUCUGCAAUUAAGCAGUUUUCACAGAAUCAUCCCCCCUCCGAGUUUCAAUUGGUAAUGCCAAUUUCUGUGGUGGAUAAACUAGUUGAUAAUGCUUCAAGUAUCCUUUCCAAAGAACCAAACUGUGUGAAAAUUGAUUGCCAUGGAGUGGACUCAAGAGUUGUUGUAGUGGGCGACAUUCAUGGCCAGUUCCAUGAUUUGCUCCAUCUUCUUGAAAAUGCUGGUUUUCCCUCUGAGAAUCAGUUCUAUGUUUUCAAUGGUAACUAUGUAGAUAGAGGAGCAUGGGGUUUGGAGGUAUUUUUGCUCCUAUUGGCUUGGAAGGUAUUGAUGCCUCACAGAGUAUAUCUACUCCGUGGGAAUCAUGAGUCAAAAGAAUGCACACUGGCAUAUGGUUUCGAGAAGGAGGUGAAGACCAAAUUUGGAGAUCAAGGUGAAUACGUCUAUAAUAAAUUCCUGGAUUGCUUUAAAGAGCUUCCUUUGGCCUCAGUUAUUGCUGGAUCUGUUUAUACCACUCAUGGAGGGCUUUUCCGUAGUACACGCAUUGCAUAUUCACGAAGAUCUAGAAGAAAAAGGACACAGAGGCUGGAGCUUGGUUCUUUAGAAGAGUUAUCUGCAGUUAAAAGAUCUCUAAUAGAUGCUCCAUAUGAAGGCCCAAAUAUGAUAUUAACUGAUGUGCUAUGGUCAGAUCCAUCACAGAGGCAGGGUAUAUGUAAAAAUCGAGCUCGAGGACGGGGUUUAUGGUGGGGUCCUGAUUGCACUGAAGCUUUCUUGAAAAUGUCCAAGUUAAAGUUGAUCAUAAGAUCGCAUGAAGGUCCUGAUGUGAGGACUGGUCAGCAUCUUUUUGGUGAUAUGCUAUGUGGGUAUAGCUUGGAUCAUGAAGGAGAAUUAGGGAAGCUGUAUACGCUGUUUAGUGCUCCGGAUUACCCUCAGUUCGGUAGAAAGAUAUUUGCCAAUGAAGGAGCAUAUGCUGUACUUCAGUCUCCUAAUUUUGAAAGUCCUUCCUUCCACCCAUUCAAAGCUGUAGAAAAACCAAAGGCAGAUCCUUUUGUUGAUGUUGAUGACUAUGAUAAGAUAGCAUCAUCUAAACGUGAAGAUCAGAUAGCAACAUCAGAUGAAGAAGAUGAGAUAGAUAUAGGUGAACGAGACCUCACAUCAAUACAUGCACAGUCCUCAACGGCCGCCAUCUCUUCGUUGCAAAAAUCUUCUCCGGUUGUGAUGGCUUCUGGGGUUAACUUUGAGGCACUGGGCAUUUCUAAUCCUCCUUGGAGUGUUCUUUUGCCGAAUGAUUUGGGUGGCACCCAACUUGUUCAAGUUCCACAGGCUCCUGAGGUGGAAGGACUACCACUACCCCCCAACUUAGAGGAGCCUCACAAAUCUGCUUAUGAGUACUUGUUCAAGCUUGUUGCUGGCCUAAAGCAUAUGCUUCAAACAAGGGAAAUUGAGAGUAAGGGCCAAAAGAGGAAGCGAGAUGAUUAGGUCAGCUUGGAGCCAAGGCAGCUCUGCCACAAUGGCUUGAUAUGUCAAGCAUCACUAGAAAAAAGAUUUUCUGGAGAUGUAUCCAAAUGGAAAUGUAUAUAAUACCAAGUAAUGUGAUUCAUUGAUUCUAUGUUUAUGUAGAUAAACACUCGCGCAUUUUGUAUCAAAUUUACAAAUGAGUUGAUUUAGCAUUUGGGAUCUUUA